AUGUCCAUCGUGAGGACAGACUCACGACCUAUAGAGAACGAUGAAGAGGGCGCCUACCUCUCCUUCGACACCGCUUCUCAGGGCACGCUGUUCUUGACGUGGAGCAAACACAGCGUGCCGAACGCCCUCAUGCACUUCACUCCCCGCAAGCCCGUGCCCGCGUUUAAGUAUUCUACUAACCAAGGCAGAACAGAGCUCAUCAGGAACUGUCAAGUGCGUACAGUGUAUGUACGCGAGCACAAGUAUCAGCCAGCAUGCAUGCACCGUAAUGGCUUGAAGAGCGAGUUGCUCUGCUGCGUGCAGGCGUUCGACGGAGAGGUAACAAUGAUAGACUCAGCGGGCCCCCUGAAGACGCAGGUUUGGCUGCACCGAGCUGAUUCAAAUGAAGUGAUAAAGAUGGAGUGCGGUCAGGCGUACGAGCUCAACGGAGUAGACGGAGUCGCCGUUACUCCUCUGGAUAGUUCGGCGCUGCAGGCCAAAACUCUCACAUCCAACUUGUUCAAAGAAAAAGCAGAAAGAGCGGGGGCUAGUCUGAUGCUAAACUGA